CACUCCGCGUGCGGCCACAUCUAUAAAUGAGAGGGAAACAACCAAGGUGAGCGCAUUUGGAGCCUGGACCUCAAAGUGCGCACGGCUCAGGAUGGAUAAAGGCUGGUGGAAGCUGACCCUAGCUCUUCUGGUUCUGCUGGUCAGCAAGUAUGCAGAAGCCUCCUUUUCAUACCACAUGGAAGACUUCAUCAGGGCUGUAAAGCAGAUAGAAGAUGAGGACCCUGGCUCAGAUCCAGCUACUGUGUUGAAGAGGUUGCGCAGAGCAGCUGGCCUAAAUGAUGCCUUCAUCCGACACUUCCUUCCAGACGCUCAAGCUGCAUCUGAAAUGCCUGCUAACCUCUCUGAAUACUUUCGCAAGGCUGUGCAUCACAGGGUGCUGGAAGAUUUCAAAGAAGAAGGCGUGGUUCUGACCCCUGACGGUACCACAGUAACCGUCGCACCGCUCCUCUUGGGCAUCGAAGCGGGCCUCCUCAAGACUAAACGUCAAGCUCACUUCCAGCUCACUUUUGCCAAAGAUCUUGAUGUUUCUUUCAGACGUCAUUCUUCGGGCACACAUCUCCUCGGGCCUGAUGGAUGCUGGAACAACGUAACGUCUCCUCAAGUCUUCACGCUCUCCGGCAAACCAAAUCUGCUCACAACAGCUCAGAUCAACGGAAGAAUGGACGGCAUGAUAUUGGGGACGGAGAUUUCAGCCAAUUCCAGUCGUCUUCUCAAGCUCAGCAGUCUGUUGAAGGAGUACUAUAGCCACCGACUGGACAGGAAGGGAAUGGACAGUGCCCCACGUCUCAUCAGUCAACGUCGCAGGGAGAACUUCCAACUUUUGGUCUUUCCUUCUCCCCUGAUGAAAAAGACGAUGACGACCGUGGAACUGCAACAAAGGCUAACAGGACAACCAGAGAUGAAGUUGGAGACUAAGAGGAAGCUGCGGGCUGUGGUGAGAAAGGCAAUAAAAGAGUUUGUUCAGAUGUACCUGGAUUGCCCGCCCAUCAUUUCUCGAUGUACGUGGGGCGCUGAGCCGUACAGAGGAACACCCACCUACCUCUCCUUGCCUCUGCCCUUCUUGUUCAUCCAUCACACCGACACACCAAACGAGCCUUGCUUGACCUUUGAGAAAUGCUCUGCGGACAUGCGAGCCAUGCAGCGCUACCACCAAGAAGAGAGAGGCUGGGAUGACAUUGGAUAUAGCUUUGUUGCUGGCUCUGACGGGUACAUCUACGAGGGCCGGGGCUGGAACAUCCAGGGAGCCCACACCUCCGGACAAAACUCUAGAGGCUACGGCGUGUCCUUUAUUGGGAACUACCAAACCAAUCUGCCGUCUCAGCAUGCCAUGAGUCUGGUGAGAGAUCAGCUGGCAGCCUGUGCAGUAGACAGAGGUGGACUAGUGUCCUCCUACACCCUGAAAGGGCACAGAGAUGUGGUGAGCACAGCCUGUCCAGGAGACGCCUUCUACAAAGAAAUCAGUGGCUGGGAACACUUUGGGUAAGUCAAGACACAAAAACCAUGAGCUUGGGAAGCUGAAGAAUGAAGACAAAAGAAACAUACAAUAAAGAGUUUUUCUGCUCCUAUUAA